AAACUCGAACUAAAUCAAACCAAACCUAAAACACAACUCAACCACGUCAUCACAUUCCCCAACCGGUAAUUUGGUUGGAACCUCCGCCUGGUUUCGAUGUAUUCGAGAAACCCAAAAUAAACCCAACAAAACUAGAAAAAAAACCCAAACCCCUUUUUUCUCUAUUCAUAUAAUCAAAUCUACAUCUUCUUCUUCUUUCUCCCAACACUGCUGAGUGCUGACAAGUCAGAAUCAAACUGAACCAAAUGGCUCACCUUCUCAACACUUCUUUCGUUCCCUCCUCCCAAACCCUUCGCCGGAACCCCUAUCUGCCUCCUGGGGUCUCUAUUUCCGGUCGCCGGAGCAGGGCUCGGGUCCAUGCUAAGAUCCGCGAGAUCUUUAUGCCGGCAUUGAGCUCCACCAUGACCGAGGGCAAGAUCGUUUCUUGGGUCAAGUCCGAGGGUGACAAGUUGGCCAAGGGUGAGAGCGUUGUCGUGGUCGAGUCGGACAAGGCCGACAUGGAUGUCGAGACCUUCUAUGAUGGGUAUUUGGCUGCAAUUAUGGUCGAGGAAGGCGGCGUUGCUACUGUUGGUUCCGCCAUUGCGCUUUUGGCGGAGACAGAGGCUGAGAUCGAUGAGGCCAGGGCCAAAGCUAAUUCUUCUCCUUCAUCAACACCUUCUUCGUCGGCGGCUUCUGUGGCGCCGCCAGAGCCGCAGGCGGAGAAAAUCGCGGAAAAUGUGGGUCCAGUUGUGAAGACGCCGUCCCCGGUUUCGGUGGCGGCUUCGUCUUCUCAUCCGGCGUCGGAUGGAGGGAAGAGGAUUGUGGCGUCACCUUAUGCGAAGAAGCUGGCGAAGGAGCUUAAGGUGGAUUUGGGGAGAGUUGUUGGAAGCGGGCCAUUGGGGAGAAUUGUGGCCAAGGAUGUGGAGGCAGCGGCUUCCGCAGCUGUUGAGUCGACGGUGACGGCUGCAGUUGGCCCGGCACUGGGCAGUGGAGCUGCAGCAUCUCCAGCUAUUGAGUUGGGAACUGUGGUACCUUUUACUACAAUGCAGGGUGCAGUGAGCAAGAACAUGAUUGAGAGUCUGUCAGUUCCCACCUUCAGAGUUGGGUACACUAUCACCACUGAUGCACUUGAUGCUCUUUACAAGAAGGUGAAGUCAAAAGGAGUUACUAUGACUGCUUUGCUUGCCAAGGCAACAGCACUUGCACUGGUCCAACAUCCUGUAGUAAAUUCAAGUUGUAGGGAUGGUAACAGCUUUACGUAUAAUAGCAGUAUCAAUAUUGCUGUCGCUGUUGCAUUGGAUGGUGGAUUGAUCACUCCAGUGCUUCAGGAUGCUGACAAGGCUGACAUUUACUCAUUAUCAAGAAAGUGGAAGGAGUUAGUUGAUAAGGCCCGGGCCAAGCAGCUCCAACCUCAGGAAUACACUACAGGUACUUUCACUCUUUCAAACCUUGGAAUGUUUGGGGUUGACCGGUUUGAUGCAAUUCUUCCACCAGGAACUGGUGCAAUUAUGGCUGUCGGAACAUCUCAACCUAAUGCUGUGGCUACCAAGGAUGGUAGAAUUGGCAUGAAGAGCCAAAUGCAGGUAAAUAUCACGGCUGAUCAUCGUGUAAUCUAUGGCUCUGAUCUUGCUUCAUUCUUGAAAACAUUGGCAAGCAUUAUCGAAGACCCCAAAGAUCUUACUUUCUAGGCCUACAGUUACCAAAUGAGCCCUUUCAGUUUUUCCUCAUUGUUUGAGAUCUUUUUGAGUCACGAGGGUUGAAUUAUUUAUCAUGGAUGUGUAGCCAAGAAGCUUGGUUGAGGAAAACACAUAGAGCUAAGUGCUAUCUUCUGGAAGAACAGUGGAGGAAUUUUGGAGCGCUAUUCUUAUGGAUUUCGUUGUCAGUCAUGUCCAAAGGAAGAAACACAUAUUCUCUAUCCUCUUCUUUCUUUUGGAAACGAACACAUUUUGUUUAUAAUCUUGAAUGUUGUCAUAAAUUCUGUUUACUACUGGGCAAUCACUUGUCACGAUGCCCAAAAAGUUUAUUAACUCACAAUGGCUUUUGUAUCCUAAAAACACAAACGAAGAUGUGAUAUUUCCGCUAAAAGACAAAAGUAAUAGUAACAAAAAGAUAAUUUUUAAGUGUGUUAAAA